AUGUCAACAGUUGAAGAGCUGAAAUUUAUUUGGAAUUUUUUAUUUUCUGAUAUUUCGUCAGAAAAAGCAGAAAGCGGCGAUGGAAAUGCAUAUAAAGAGAAUAUAAUUUUGCUAAAAAAAUUAAUGAUAACAGAAAAUAUAAAAUUUGAACAAAAAUAUAAUGCUACAAGUAUAUUAGAAAAAUUAAAAGGAGUAAAAGAUGUUAAAUAUGAUGAUAUAUUAAAUGAUUAUGCUAACAAAUUUUUAACUUUUUUAAAAGCAUCCUUUGAAAAUGUAGCAGAAGAAAUUCAAAUAAAUGAUAAAAUAUCAUAUAGGAGAAAUGAAUUGAUAAAACAGGAGUUAAAUAAUAAAUUACAAAAUUUAAAUAAUAAUUAUAAUUUAGAAUAUAUUAGCUUAAAUAAAUGUUUAGGUACUGAAGAUUUUGAAAAACAAAUAAAUGCAAGUUUAAAAUUUAAUUCAUUAAAAGAUAUAUUAAGUAAAUUAUUAAUAGAAAUGAAAGAAUAUGAAAAUCAGUAUAAUAAAUUAUUAGAAACUGAUAAAUUUCUUGAUUUAAAAAUGUUUGAAUUGGAAAAUUAUUUAAAUAAUGUUAAUGAAAGUUCAUAA